CCAUCAGCAGGAACCCCAGGGGCUGGACAUCCUGGUCAUGGACAUUCACAUCCUCACCCCUUCCCACCUGCUGGGAUGCCCCAUCCAGGGAUGUCUCAGAUGCAGCUGGCCCACCAUGGCCCCCAUGGCUUAGGACAUCCUCAUGCUGGGCCUCCAGGUUCAGGGGGACAGCCACCACCCCGGCCACCACCUGGAAUGCCUCACCCUGGACCUCCUCCCAUGGGCAUGCCCCCCCGGGGGCCUCCAUUUGGAUCUCCCAUGGGUCACCCAGGUCCUAUGCCACCUCAUGGAAUGCGUGGACCUCCUCCACUGAUGCCCCCUCAUGGGUACACUGGGCCUCCACGACCACCUCCUUAUGGCUACCAGCGGGGGCCCCUGCCUCCACCCAGACCUACUCCCCGGCCUCCAGUUCCUCCUCGUGGCCCACUUCGGGGCCCUCUCCCUAAGUAGAUUCUCAUUUUGUUUCUUCCUUUUAUGUUCCCCCAGUAUCUUUUCUUCAAUUCCUUGGACCAAUCAGAGUUGCUGUAGCUUCUUAUGGCUGAGGCAAAAAUCCCUUUCAGGCUUCCCCAAUUCCUGUUUUUAAUGCACAUUUCUUCACAGGAACUUUUUCUUUUUUAUGUUAACCCUAAAUAUUUUGCAAGAGCACAGAGAAAAUAAAACUGUACUCUUUGUUUAUUCUUUUUGGUGUUUUCUUUUUGGUUAAAAUAAUUUUUAAGAGAUGUCAAGGUGUUGUAAGGAAUGGUAAGAAAGUGCGGGGCUAUUUAUGGUGGAAUUGGGACUAGGGGCACUUUACCACUGUGCUGCAUCUCCUGUUUUAUUUUUUUUAAUUGAGGUAGGGAUUUAGUAAGUUGCCCAGGGCGAUCUUGAGCCUGUGAUCUUGCUGCCUCAGCCUCCCAAACAGUUGGAAUUACAGGACGUAUGUCACUGCUCAUCUAGCAUGUGCAUUUUAAAGGCUUGUUCUCUAAUGUACUGCAAUAGUUGGUCUCUUGUACACUAGCGUACUUGUUUUCUUAUAUAGAGCUUAUCUUACGGCUUUUAACGUGGAUGUUAAUAGUAAAACUGAGAAGACGAAGUACCUAGAGGUAUGCUGGCAAAAAUAUGAAGUAACAUGCACGAAGUUUCAUACAGCACUGUUUGAAAUAACAGAUUGGAAACAACUUACAUGUCUAUCAGUAAGGGAUUGGUUGAAUUAGUAAAUUCACACAAGUCUAGUACUAUGCAACUGUAAGAAAAAUGAUAAAGGGCUGGGGCUGUACCUGAGUGGUAGAAUAUGCUUAUUAUGCACAAGGUCACGAGUUCACUCAGCAUUAAAAAGAUUCUAUUGGUUGUGAACCUAUGGCAUUGAAAGCUCUGCAAGGUUCACUGUCACUGCCUAGUUGUGUGGAGAGAGCUCUGGGUUAUAUUAAAUGAAGAAAAUAAUAUG